ACUACGCAAUUUUCGCGCGAAAUGUUGUCUGCUUCGAUGUCCUGAGUGUUUCGAGAGGGUUUUUCGAGCCCUGCGUUUUGAAUUAGUGCAGAGAAACGACGCAGAUCACCGUCAGUUCUGCACCAGAUUGUGUUUUAUCUUUUUAAUAACUCUCCGUGCGUGUUGGUGUGUGUGCGCGUCGGAAACGGGAUGAAGUAUUUCACCAGACUCAGAGUCCGGAGAGUCUACAAGUGGCGCGGGGAGCCGCUGAGUUUCAACAGGAAGUUAAAGACCUUCGAAUAUGGCUCGCUGGUCAUCAGCGUGGACGGCCUCCCGAGGACGACCGUCAUCAAUGCCGGUCAACACAUCCUCAUUGAGGGCGAGGACGAGGACAACCCGUACGUGGCCAAAGUCAUCCGGCUGUUCGGUGAUGAGAGCGGGAAGCAGAAGAAGGCGGUGGUGCAGUGGUUUGUCCGAGUGUCUGAAGUUCCCUUGAGCAAACUGAAGCUGCUGGGCAGAGAACCUCACCCGCAGGAGAUCUUCCUCUAUCAGGGUCGCAGCUGUGACGACGAGGUCAACGCCGAGUCCAUCCUCAGACCUGUGCAGGUGAAGCACCUGGACCGAGCGGCGCCAUUCCCCGACUCGGGCGAUAAGGACACUCUCUUCGUGAAGCUGUCCUGGGACUCGAAGACCUUCAGGGAGUUGGAGUCUGCUGCGCCGGUGGCGUCCCCUCCACCUCCAACUCCUCCCCUUCCCAAACCCUCCCUGCCCCCCUCGCCGCCCCGCUCCCCGCCCACGGCAGCCCCGGCGCCUGCCCGACGUGCCCUGCCCACACCGGACCCUGCCGUCAUGCGCAGAGCUGCCUCAGGAGAGGUGAGAGGCGGCCGGGCCACCGCCAGCGCGGGGAAGGUCGGUGUCACGGAGGCAGAGUCCCUGCACUUGGCCUCCAGACUGUCGGCCUCCAAGUGUUCGAGCGCCAGGAGGAGGAAGGCCAUCGCCCGGACGCCCGGGGUCCGCAAGAAGCUGCAGCUCAGCAGUCCGGAGGCGACGACCCGGCAGGACAUCCUGGACGAGGACCGGGCGUCGGAGAUGAUGUUGGCUCAGAGGCUCUCGUCUUCUCCCCCUCUGACGCUGCGCCUCACCCACAGCCUCACCCCUCUUCGCAAGGCCGGCGCUGCCACCACCCCCCGGGCCCACCGCCUCACGCCCCUCAGGAAGGCCCACGGAGCGGCCGUCACCGCCGAGGACACCGCUGUCCCCUUGGAGCCCGACAGUCGGACGCCGUCUGCGAGAGACGACUCCACCAGUCCUCAGCAGGGCGACGAGACGGAGGCGGAGUUACCGACCGCCUCGGGCAGAACGCCGCGAAGAAGAAAUGCCACUCCGAGGAGAAACUCCUCCUCCAGCAGAGGGCAGAAAGCUUCAACUCCAUCUCGACAGACGGAACCGAACCAGAGGGAACCUGGUCUGACCGUGCUGAUUGAAGAGGACAACGAGAACUCUCCGAUGCUGUCGGCUGCCGCCGUCACGCCGAGGAGCUCGAAGAGGAAGUCGGCCCAGCUGGUGUCGUCUCGCAUCAGGAAACAGCUGAAUCUUCUGGAAAACCUUCAGGUCCUGAACUCGGACGGAGACGACGACGAGGACGAGUUUGUUCCGUCGAAGAAGGAGCUGCAGAGCAGCAGUGACGAAGAGGAGGAGGAGGAAGAGGGAGCGCUGGAGAGUGAUGAGGAAGAGGAAGUGUUGUCGAAGAAGAGCCGACGCGCUGCAGCGGGAUCUUGUACUCCUCGCUCGAAAAGGAAAACUACUAGCACCUCCGCCAGGACGCCGCGGAAAACUCCCAACAAGAAGAUCCCACCCGGCACACCGCGGACCCCCCGGCACGCCACUCCCAGCAUCCCCAGCAGGUCGCUGCCCGCCCGCCGGCCCGGCAACGUGCUGGAGGAGGCCAGAGCGAGGCUUCACGUGUCCUCGGUGCCGGAGUCUCUUCCCUGUCGGGAGCAGGAGUUCCAGGACGUCUACAGCUUCGUCGAGAGCAAAAUCGUUGACGGCACCGGAGGGUGCAUGUACAUCUCGGGCGUGCCAGGCACAGGGAAGACGGCCACGGUGCACGAGGUGAUGCGCUGUCUGCAGCACGCCGCCGACGUGGACGAGAUCCCUCCGUUCCACUUCAUCGAGAUCAACGGGAUGAAGAUGACGGAUCCUCAUCAGGCCUACGUCCAGAUCCUGCAGAACCUGACGGGUCAGAAGGCCACGGCCGACCACGCCGCCGCCCUGCUGGAGAAGAGAUUCAGCAGCGCUGCGCCCAGGAAGGAGACAACGGUGCUGCUGGUGGACGAGUUGGACCUGUUGUGGACGCGGAAGCAGAACGUGAUGUACAACCUGUUCGACUGGCCCACACGGCGCCACGCCCGCCUGGUGGUGCUGACCAUCGCCAACACCAUGGACCUUCCGGAGCGGAUCAUGAUCAACCGCGUGGCCAGUAGACUGGGUUUGACCCGCAUGUCGUUCCAGCCUUACAGCUUCAAGCAGCUGCAGCAGAUCAUCAUGUCCAGACUGAACAAGGUGAAAGCGUUUGAGGAAGACGCUCUGCAGCUUGUGUCCAGGAAGGUUGCCGCCCUGUCGGGCGACGCCCGCCGCUGUCUGGACAUCUGCCGCCGGGCGACGGAGAUCUGCGAGCACUCGCCCGCCGACCCGUUCUCCACCGGCCUGGUGGGGAUGAGUCACGUGAUGGAGGCGCUGAACGAGAUGUUCUCCUCUGCCUACAUCACGGCCAUCAGGUGUGCGUCGCUGCAGGAGCAGCUCUUCCUCAGGGCCGUGAUCGCCGAGUUCCGACGGCUCGGACUGGAGGAGGCCACGUUCCAACAGGUGUUUGUGCAGCACCGGGCUCUGUGCCGGGUCGAGGGCCUGCAGCCCGUCAGCGUGUCCGAGGGCCUGGCGGCGUGUCAGCGUCUGGGCGCCUGCCGGCUGCUGCUGCUGGAGCCGAGUCGCCUGGGCGUCCUGCAGCGCGUCCGCCUCAACGUCAGCCAGGACGACGUGCUCUUCGCCCUGAAGGACGACUGAGGGGCGGAGCCACCGGAGGAGCUCGUCACGGAUGUAGACGAUGAAGGUGAGAGUGGCUGGAUCCUGGUCCUGGUCCUGGUCCUGGUCCUGGUCCUGAUCCAGAUCCCGGUCCAGUCUGUACUCUGACCGACUUUAACACCGAGACAGAAGUUAAUGUUUUUUACAUGAGAUGUUUCUUUUACUCCCUGGUAGUUUUUCCGACGGGACAGUUUGUGACGUCCCCCGUUGUUUAAAUCUAAUUUAAAAUGUGAGAUCCAACUCUCUGCUGUUGUUUUUAAUGUAAUAUAAUGUGUCAUAUUUUAUGUUUCAGUGCUUGAAUAUGCAAUAAAACUGUGUCUUUAACGUGAA